CAGAAGAAAGGAAAUGUUUAAAACUGCAUGAUGGAGAGUAAAUGGUAAUUUUUAUCAUUUUCAUUUUUGGGUGAAACAUCCAUCUCAUGCUUCUCGCUUUGAACCUUCAAACUAAAGUUAACUUUUUUUCAUUUAAAGACCUGAUGGUGCUGAAAGAAGAGACACUUCAUCAGAAUGAAAAGGAAGAGAAACAGCAGUUUGAGAAACACCAAGUAAUAAUGACUGAUGAAAAACCCACACUGUCUAAAAAGACUUCAUCACGUGGAAGACCUCGGAAAUCCAAGUCUAUGUGUAAUUACAGCUGUACACGGUGUAGAAAGAGUUUCAGUAAAAAGUCAAACCUUGAUAUUCACAUGAGAGUUCACACUAAAGAGAAACCUUACACCUGCAAACAGUGUGGAAAGAGGUUUGGUUAUAUACAAGGCUUUGAAAACCACAUGAGAAUUCACACUGGAGAGAGGCCGUACACAUGCCAACAGUGUGGAAAAAGCUUCUAUCAUGCAGGAAACUUUGCAGCGCACCAGAGAAUUCACACUGGGCAGAGGAAGUAUACAUGCCAACAUUGUGGAAAAAGCUUCUCUAAAACAGGAAACUUGGCAGUGCACAUGAGAAUUCACACUGGGGAGAAGCCUUACUCUUGCUCUCAGUGUGGAAAGAGUUUUAAGCAAAAUGUCACCCUUAAAAUCCACAUGAGAACACACAAUGAAGAAAGAAUUUUUACCUGCACACAGUGUGGGAAAAGUAUUUCUCAAAAGCACUACCUUGACAUCCACAUGAGGAUCCACACUGGAGAGAAACCUUACACAUGCACAGAGUGUGGUAAAAGUUUCCCAUAUAAAGGCUCACUCAAACACCACAUGAUAAGUCACAGCGGAGAGAAGCCGUUUGCAUGUGCUCAGUGUGGAAAGAGUUUCACAACCAAAGCUAGCCUCAUGAACCACAUGGAUGGUCACACUGGAACCAUAGUGUUCACAUGUGAUCGGUGUGGAAAGACCUUCACACGCAAAGACUCUAUGAAGCAACACAUGAAGACUCACUCAGGAGAGGAUCGUUUAAGAUGCAGUGAGUGUGGAAAGGGCUUUAAAUGUAAAAGAAGUCUCAGCACUCACCUGAAGCUUCACAAUGGAGAGCAAAAAUGAGGCCUUGUCCAGCGGAGCUUGGGGCUCUUUCCCAGGACAGCAUGUCAAACAAGUGUGAACUCUUGAAUACAUAUCAAGUUACUGAUAAUGAAACCCUUGGAACGCCUGAAGAUUUAAACUCAAUAACUGAAGAGGGGUGAGGAUGUGCCAGGUUGUGAGAGUUUCUACAGGGCUGCAUAAAAAGCUGAAUACCUUUAUAUGUGUUUCAAGUUAUUAUGAACUGAUUAUUUUAUUUUGUGCAAAUUGCACACUUCAAACUAAUUUUCGGCUCUGAAUAUAGAAUUAGAAAGAUU